AGCUUUGCUUCCCCCAGAAAUUCUCUCAGAGAGAGAGAGAGAGAGGAAGAAGAACAGCGCGGGAAAUGGAAAGGAAGGCAAUAUUAAUCUGCUCUGUGGUGGGGUUUCUAGGGCUAUUAUCUGCUGUCACUGGAUUCGCAGCUGAAAUCACUAGGAUCAAGGGUUACCAAGUUGAGUUCACCCCACCUUCAGAAUGUGUAUACCCUAGGAGUCCUGCACUGGGUCUUGGAUUGACAGCAGCCGUAGCUCUCAUGAUGGCUCAAGUUAUUGUUAAUGUUUCAGCCGGAUGUAUUUGUUGCAGAAAAGGUUCACAACAGUCUACCCAUCACUGGACACUGGCGCUUGUGUUCUUCUCUAUUUCAUGGUUCACAUUUGUCAUAGCAUUUUUACUUCUUCUAACGGGUGCAGCUCUGAAUGAACGUCACGGCGACGAGAACAUGUACUUUGGCAACUACUACUGCUACGUAGUUAAGCCAGGGGUUUUUGCAGGUGCUGCCGCCCUUUCCCUUGCAAGCACUGCUCUUGGUAUUGGCUAUUAUCUAGCCUCAGUUUCUGCGAAGAAGGGAAACAGUCAAAUCUCUCCUCCAAGUCAAGCUGGCAUUGCAAUGGGGCAACCCCGAAAUGAUGCAGUUUUUGUGCAUGAAGAUACUUAUUGGAGGCGACAACUUCCUUGAUUCUCCCCGUUGGUACUCAAUGGGCUGUUGUUGUAUUAGUAGUAGUACUAGUACUUUAACACUAUCUUGUUUGUAAAGCUUGCGACCCGAGAAAGUAUUGGGCUCUGUUUAUUGGUCUAAUUUUGUGUUACACCCAUUUGGGCAGUACUCGUUUGGGCCUUUGGACUGGUGGAUCCGCUCUUAGCCCACAUAAUCGUGUGGGGAAAGUGUGGUCCUUGUCCGUAGGCCCAAGCAUGCACUACUUGUAGACUUGUAGUCUUGUAUUGAAAAACCUUAGGUGAGAACUUGUUUGGGUUUGGG